UGCGAUGAAAACGCAGAGACACCACAUUUCUCUCUCUCUCUCUCUCUCUCUCUUUCUGCAUAACCAACCAACCCACACCACCAAUCCUACUAUUUUACCAUUUUUUUUCCACCAUUUUCAAACGCACUACACCUCUCUCUCUCUCCCCCUCUCUCUACCUCCAUAGAGAUUCCGAUUCGGUGAGAGAGAGAAUCGUUAAUUCGAGCCCUCAAUCAAUUUUCCCAACUAAACAAUCAUGCCUUCAGGCGCCAAGAAGCGAAAAGCUGCUAAGAAAAAGCAGGGAGCUCAGCCCAACAGCAACAAUCCCAAUCCGUCCCUUGCUGCUUCCACUCAAGAUGUGAAGCACGAAGACGAUAGGCAGAGUGACGUAGGCGAGGCUAGCUCGACCACAUCUAACCCGAGUCACCACGACCUUCUGACCGAGGGCGAAGAGGAGAAGGUCCAGAAUAGGGAGAAUGCUCCUCCGGUGGAGGGUGUGAAAAUUGAGGGGAACAACGCUGUCCCAAUCGAAAGAGAAUUCAAGACUGGGGAAGAAUUCCCUGAAAAGUUUGAGCAUGAGGAAACCGAGAGGAAAUCAUAUGAUGGAGGGUCAUCCGGGAGCUCAAGAUGUAGCAGCCGAAGCAGCUCGGAUGAUGAGUCUCACGGUGUUAAGAGGAGCCAUGCUGUGAUUGACACUGUGCCUGCCAUCUCUAUUGGCGAGGCAAGUGAGGCUGUUGUGGAUUGUGUGCCACCUGUUGUCUCGGAUAAGGUUUUAUUGUUGAGCGAAAGUAUGAAAGUGAACACAAGCUCCCCAUCUGGAUCUAAAGAAAGUGGAGAGAAAAAGGGCUCAGUUGAAGAGCAAGUUGGAGGUUCCGAAACUUUCUAUGACGCAGAAGCAACCACUCCUUUUGCUGAGUAUGUUGGGGUGGCUUCUGAUCUGAAGACAUCAGUGGAAGAAACUCGUGAACGGUUAAGUCUGUCAUACAAUGCUCCUAUUGCUACUCAUGAUAAUGGAGCGGAUCUUGAAAAAGAUUCAGGAGUUACAGAGUCGUUGCUGGUUCCCCCUCCUCGUCCCGUGCAAACGACAUCAUGGAAGGGUUGCUGUGGACUAUUUGAACUGUUCACAGGGUCAGAUAGAUAAUUUAUGAAAUUAGAGCAUGGAGAAUACCCUUUUGCUUAUGCAUCGCUAGGAGAGACUUUCCUGCAGGAGCUGUUCGUGAGCACGCCUCUUAGACUCUAAGCGUUACAAAGAAGGUGAUCACGAACUGAAGUCUCACUAGUGUUUUUGGCAUUACUCGAAAGGAGUGCUAUAAACCAGCCUGGUGUGGGUACAAGUUUUUUCCUUUGUUUUCGCAGCGGAUAGAUAAGUUUUUCUUGUUGACGAUUUCUUGGCCCAGUUUGGUAUUUGCUUGAGGAACCUUUGUAGUUGUGAAACUUGAAAAAGUGUAGCGUUUUUUCAUCUUGUUCGAGUCUCUGAAGUUAUCAGAUUUCUGACUCUUUUGUUAUGGUGAAUACUAAAUAAUGGUGUAAACGACUUGUUAUAAUUAUUGACAAUCUAUACUUGUUAGUAUAA